CAUUCGAAGAUUCAACCGAAAUGUCAAUUUCACGUUAACUUCCGGCGCCCCCAUGAACCCUAGAAUUUGGGGCUUUCCGAUUCCGUCGAUGCGAGCAUGGCGAAAAGCGUCGCCAGCGUGAGCAAAGAGGACGAACCGAGCAUCGCUCCCCUGCCGGACAGAUGGUACGACAUCAGCCUCGGCCCUUCCUUCGGACACCCCCACCCGUCUUCCAAGUUCUGCACUUUACGAUAUGAAUUUAAGCCAGCUUCCGUCGAUAAGAGCCAACCUGGAUUGCUUCGCAAGAAGAGGGACAACCGGGUCUCUGUGGAGUUUCAGAACAACCAACAUGGGAAGCCUAAGGUGGUCUUCGAUGGGGUUGCCGAGGAUUACAAGGACAACGAUGCGGUUCUGUUUUUCGACGGUGAGACCUUCUGUCUGGAGCGGUUGCAUCGGGCAGUGAAGCGGCUGAGGCACAUGCGGGUGCCCGGUGAGUCUGCAGCUGCAGUGGCAGUUGGUCCAGCUGUUGAAUCUAACUCUCCAUUAGAUGGUAAAGCAGAAAACCUUCAGAAUUGCCGCAAGGGCGAGGCUCAGGAUGUGGGUGAAGUGGAGAGAAUUGACAUGGGCAAUUCGGAGACAGUAGGUGUGAAACCUGAAGAUGAAAAUACUGCUGAUAAGCUACCUCCAAGUUGUAGCACCCCGAGGGGAUUGACUGAACUGACUAAUGAUGAACUAGAGGAACAUCUUGAUAUCAUCGAUAGUGACGAUGACCAUGAAGCAACAGAUGCUGGAAAUCUUUCCAGAAGAGAAAUUCACAGCAGCAUCGACAUCAAUGUACCACAUCAGGAUGAAGAUGAUGAUGAGAUUGCCAAUGUAGAUGUUAGUGAUGAUGAAGGCAAUCUGGGUUAUAAUGCGGCUGAAGCUCUCAGAGCCCAGGUUGCAGGCGAACGACAGGAGCAGUCUUCAACUUCAAGCAGUAGCAGUGACAGUGAGGGUAGUGAGAGCAGUAGCGACAGUGGCAGUGACAGCGGUAGUGGCAGUAGUGGCAGCGACAGUGAGAGUAGUGAUGGUGACUCAGUGAGCUCAAUCUAAGUUCGUUAGGAACUGUAGCUUGCCUAUUGCACUUGUUGAUAUUCUAGUGGUCAUGUCGAGUGUGGUAAAUUCUGUGAAUUAACUAGUAAAUAUUAGGGGAUGUUGACAUAAUAGUGUGAUGUGCAUAACUUUAGUAUUAUCAUUGAUGUGUAAAUUAUGCAGAUUCUGUGACGCUUGUCCUGCAAUGACUUUCUAACCUUGA